CUUUGACAGCUAUGAUAUCCAAAGCUCCUUUGCAGCCGUGAAAAGAAAAACACGAUUACGUGAACUGUUGAUACUCAGUUUCACCCAUCGCUGAAAUGGCAGCAUCAUCGCAGGCCAGCCGAGGUCUCACGGCACUGUUCAAACGAGGAUGGAACGAAAUCCCCGAAGUGGUCGGCUCGUCCGUGAUUGCCCUGAUCGGUAUCGGCCUCAGCGCCGUCGGAUUGACCAACUACUACCGCAAGAAUGCCGAUAACCGUCGUUAUAAACUAACGUACGUUGUGAUGCGUCCUGACGAUCCGAGAGCGGCGCACAUUCGCAAGGAUUAAAAACCAAAACCAAUCGGCUGGCUAGAUGUAAUAAAUUGUGUUUACUGAUGUAAAA